AGCAUGAAAAUCUAUUUCAUAUUGGUUGAGAGCAAGAAUAACACAAAGAGGAAUUGCAUAUGCCAUGGAAAAAUCACAUCAACCACUCCACAAUACAAAACCAUCUUCUUCAAAACCUCUCUAUAUUAUACUACCCUUUCUCUGCAAAGCAGCUGUUGUGUGCUCCCUCGCACUUGUGUCAGUCUGCGCCAUCCCCAAACCUUACGACGACUCUUCUUCAACCUUCGCCUCCCGCGUGUGCAGCGGGGCCCACGAUCCGCCGUCGUGCAUGGCGGUCGUGUCCGAGUCACUAAUGUUGUCCUCCGCGUCUCCCGCGAAAACCAACGGCCUAGAUUCACUAAAGAUGGUCUUACACUCGUCCUUAAAACUAACCAGAGACGCACUUGAGUUACUGACCACUGUGAACCGCCGGGUCAACAGCUCCCGGAAAGGCACGGUGGCAGUAGACGACUGUGUCCGGUUAAUGGACAUGUCCGUGGACAGGAUAAUGGACUCAUUGGUGGCCCUAGGGAAUCUCUCCGCCGCCGAAGCAAUUUCCGACGCCCACACGUGGCUCAGUGCCGUGCUAACGAACCACGGCUUGUGUUUGGAUGGGCUUCAAGGCCCAGCCCGGUCCAUAACGGAGCCCAUUAUAAAAGACUUGAUCUCCCGGGCGAGGUCUUCCUUGGCGGUGUUCGUCGCGGUGGCGCAACCUUGCAAGCGGGACUAUCUCCGGCCACUCGGUGGCGAGAUGCCGUCUUGGGUCAAGCCUGACCGCAGGCAGCUUUUGGAAGCCAGGCCUAACGCCGUUAAGGCCGACGUGGUGGUUGCCCUAGACGGAAGCGGUAAGUUUAAGACGAUCAAAGAGGCGGUGGCGGCCGUGCCGGAUAAUAGCAAUAAACGUUUUGUUAUAUACGUGAAGAGAGGAAAGUACAAAGAGAAGGUGGACAUAGGGAGGUUUAAGAAAAACGUGAUGCUCGUUGGCGACGGGAUGGAUGCGACAAUCAUUUCCGGAAACCUGGACGCCGCCGACGGGACACCCACGGUCAAUUCUGCUACUGUAGCUGUGUUCGGGGACGGGUUCAUGGCCCAAGACAUAUGCUUCCAGAACACGGCCGGCCCACAAAAGAAGCAAGCGGUGGCGCUCCUCCUGGGAGCCGACCGGUCCGUCAUCAACCGCUGCAAAAUGCACGGGUACCAAGACACCGUCUGGACCCACUCCGGCCGCCAGUUCUACCGCGACUCCUACAUCACCGGCACCGUGGACUUCAUCUUCGGCAACGCCCCGGCGGUGUUCCAGAACUGCGAGAUCGUGUCCCGGAAGCCACCGCACGGGCAGCCCAUCGCGAUCACGGCCCAGGGCCGGGAGGACGCGAACGAGAACACCGGGAUAACGAUCCAGAAGUGCAGGGUGGUUCCGAGCACGUACUUGGCCCCGUUGAAGAAGGAGUUCAAGGCGUAUUUGGGCCGGCCCUGGAAGGACCAUUCCAGAACGGUGUUCAUUGAGUCCUUUAUCGACAACCACAUCGACCCGAGCGGGUGGUCCCCCUUUAGGGGUGCCCUUGGGUUGGACACUCUGUUCUACGGGGAGUAUAUGAACACCGGGCCGGGGGCCAGCACCGCCAAAAGAGUCAAGUGGAAGGGGUAUCACGUCCUCACUAAGGCGGCGGAGGCCAUGCCCUUCACGGUGGCGCACAUGUUCCAAGGGGAUUCGUGGUUGAAGGCCACCGGCGUCGCCUACAUUCCCGGACUUUAAUUGGAUGUUCGUUGAACUAUGAAAUUAAUUCCUCACAUACAAAAGUGUACUUUUAAACCCAAUAUAAUUUCUUUUGAACU